CCUACUGCCAUUUUCUCUUUCAAGUAUAUUUCUUACUAGGAUUUGUUUGAUAUAGCCUUAGUCAUCGGGGCUUGGUGAAAGCUUAGCGUUUCUUGUGCUUGCUGGGCCUUAUUCUUGAUUGGGAGCCAAUGCUUCGUGUUCCGAGGCGCAGUCUGAUGCACAGGACCAAAAUAAUUCUUGGGAAUGAUCACCGCCACGAUGAAUGCUCCACACGUUGAGGCCAACAUAGGCAACUAUUUUCGGCGAGCCAAGUGCUCAGCUUUGUGGACAGUCCUCUUUGUUUUCUGGCUAUACUAGUAGAUUGGUUCUUGCCGAUCCCUCGAUGACUUUUCUUUUUUAUUGUCAUGCGUUGUUCCUUCCUGCUUUUUCAACUAUCUGAAUGAAAUCACCGAUGCGAUAUUCUGGUCAUUUCUUCCAGGGACAUUGUCGCGACACAAACGCCCGUUGACGUUGCGAAACCGACAAAGAAGAAAGAAGCUCAGUUGGUUCCCAGGGGGUCGGCCACUUCGGAACAAACCGACGGGGCGGAUAAGAUAGCGCUGCCUCCUGCUGCACGCGGAUAAACAUCUCAAAAAGUAUUCUUCGUUCUGACCUGACUUACUCACCACCUUUUGCUUUUUCAACCAACCGAGACCUGUAUUUUCUGUUACAGGUCUCACGAUCUGGCGCUAAAAUGGGCUGGCCAGUGUGUAAUUCGACACUGGAAGAGGCAACCAUUGAAGAGACAGACCUGUGGAAUGGCGGCAUUACCUUCCACCGUCUCUGCGAGAUUGUUGGCGGCGUGUUCGCGCUCAUAGCCGCAGCAGUCUCCUUUUUCUUGAUUAUGUGCCAUGCCACGCAUUACAGCAAACCCAUCGAGCAACGACAUAUUAUCCGCAUCCUCCUCAUGGUCCCGGUUUAUUCCCUCGUCGCAUGGCUCAGCAUCUAUUUCUACAGAAACUCCGUUUACUUCUCGGUGAUCGGCGAUUGCUACGAGGCGUUCACGAUAUCGGCUUUUUUCGCCCUGCUCUGCCACUACAUUGCGCCAGACUUGCGGAGUCAGAAGGAAUACUUUCGCGGAAUUGACCCAAAGCCAUGGCUCUGGCCACUGACCUGGUUUAAAAGGUGUUGUGGUGGGGAGCGGGGGAUAUGGAGGACCCCGCGAAGCGGAUUGACCUGGUUUAAUAUCGUUUGGGUGUCCGUCUUUCAGUAUUGUCUACUGCGUGUCCUCAUGACUAUCGUCGCGGUCAUCACGCAGCAUUUCAAUGUGUACUGCGAGGAAUCACUGAAUCCAGCAUUUUCUCACAUCUGGGUCAUGGCUGUCGAGUGUGUUGCCGUCACUAUUGCAAUGUACUGCCUGAUUCAGUUCUAUGUCCAGGUCAAAGAUGACAUUAGCCGGUACAACCCCUUCUUGAAGAUUCUUUCGAUUAAACUUGUGAUUUUCCUUUCUUUCUGGCAAAGUAUAUGCAUUAGCUUCCUAUUCUCCGCGGGAGCAAUCAAGGCUACUAAAAAGAUGGCAGAACAGGAUCUCAAGGUCGGACUUCCCAAUUUGCUUAUCUCGAUUGAAAUGGCUAUCUUUGCCGUUCUGCACCUAUGGGCUUUCUCGUGGAAGCCCUACUCGAUCGGAAAUACUGCAGUCGAGGUGACCGACUUCUACGGAAACGGCAAAGCAACUUACCAAGGUGGCCGUUGGGGUAUGAAGGCCCUUGUCGAUUGUCUUAAUCCUUGGGACCUCGUGAAGGCUGUUAGCCGCAGCAUGCGCUGGCUUUUCGUUGGUCGCAAGAAGCGAAUGCUCGACCCUAGCUAUCGAACUCACAACGAAGCGAUCGGACUUGAUGGUACUGGUGAAACCAAUGCGACAGCCUACCAGGGCGCAGGUGCGAUGAUGAGUAGCGGGCGACAAGGGCGCUAUACUCCCGACGAAGAAGGAGAAGUUCUCCUUUCAAAUGCACAGCCGAAUCCAACAGCGCGACCUGAAGGCGACCCGAGAUUGGAUCCUCCACCCUACGACGAUGUUGAUCAUGGGCACGACUACCCGUCUCACAAUAGAAUAAGCAGCUCGGUCUUACUGGAUCCAGCUACCCACUCACCACGCCCGUACUCGCCUUAUGAUAAUCCUUUCAACAAUCCUUAUAUUGUCCCAUCCGACUCGGAGUCUGACCAUCACCACACGAGCCCUACAACUUAUCACAACGCUCCUUACCCACCGGAUGCGCUACAGGAGCAACCACCGAUGCCUAUGCCUGAAUCGUAUCACCCUCUGUCUCAUGGUGGGGGCCGGGCAAACCGAGAUUUCUAACCAACAAUAGGCUUUUGAGCGCUCUAUGUUGAUCUCAUAUCAUGUGUAAUGAAGUCACAUGUUUGGCGUUGAUUCCAUGCAUGGCUUGAUUUAUGUUCAGAAUACCCUAUUUAUGUUUUACCAUUUGCUUCAUUUCUACGGAGUACACAUGGUCAUGGGACGAAGUCUCGCGACUAUGUCUUUUUGGCCUUUUUUUGUAUAUGAUACUCUUUGGCUUCAAGAUUCGAUUGUACAUGAUUAUAUCUAGAUACCCCUAGGAUAUAAUGGAGACCAGUCCAAUAGACA